AUGCGUGGUCGCCGGCGCUACGCGCUGCUGGCGGCCGGCAUGACGGCCAUGUGCGUGGCCCUGCUCCUCCUGCGAGACGACGCGCGGGCGGCGCGCGCAAAGGACUACGUCAGCGGCAUCGUCGACCCGGGCAAGAGCAAGGAGGCGGCGGGCCCGAGCGCCGUGCGGUACCUGCCGGAGCCGACGUGGACGCCGCCGCCGAUCCGGGACCCGAUGCCGGGGCUGACGACGGCGCCGGCGGUGCCGGCCUGGAACCGGCCGCGCAAAAACGCCCACGCGCACUACGGGCUCGACUACGCGCCGCCGCUGCUCAUCGGCUUCACGCGCACGUGGCCGGUGCUGCUGCAGGCCGUGGCGUCGUACAUCGCCGCCGGCUGGCCGCCCGACAGCAUCUGGGUGGUGGAGAACACGGGCGGCGGCGCGCACCGGGCCAACGCCCAGGGCCGGCUGACGCUGCAGAACCCGCUGUUCCUCGACCACGGCGUGCUGGCCCGGCUGGGCGUGCGCGUCGUCGCCGCCCCCGUGCUGCUCAGCUUCGCCCAGCUGCAGAACUACUACACCACGCUGGCCCACGAGCACGCCUGGCCCUACUACUUCUGGUCGCACAUGGACGUGCUCGUGCUCUCGCUCGAGGACGGGCUCGACGGCGUCACGCCCCCGGCCGGCCAGCCGGGCUACCGGUCCGUCUACGAGCUGUGCCUGGCCGAGCUGCAGCGGAGCCGCGACGGCGGCGAGCGCUGGUCCAACGUCUUCUUCUCCUACGACCACCUCAGCCUCGUCAACCGCGAGGCCUACGACGACGUCGGCGGCUGGGACCCCUUUAUCCCCUACUACAUGAACGACUGCGACAUGCACUCGCGCCUGGCCAUGCGCAACUGGACCCAGCGCGACGCCCGCUCCUCCAUCGUCACCGACGUCAGCGCCGUCCUCGACGACCUGCGCGCCCUGUAUCGCGACCCCUCGGUCGAGCCCGUCUUCACCGACCCCAACCCGCCGCCGCCGGAGCCGUCCGCCGCCGAGGGCAAGCCGCCGCAAGCGCCGAAAGGGGUCGUCGCCCGCGCCCCCCACGACUCGGCGUCCGGCCCCGACGCCGCCGCCAAGGCCUACUUCCUCAAGCUCAAGAGCGUCGCCGACUCCAUGUUCCACUACAAGCACGGCGGCCGCGGGCGCAACACGUGGCAGCUCGGCCAGCACGGCGGCCUCGGCGAGCCCUACCACUACCCGGCGCGCGGGCUGGCCGAGGCCGUCGACAUCAUGACCGAGGCCGGCCGCGAGGUCUUUCGCCGCAAGUGGGGGCACCGCGACUGCGACCUGCUCUCCGGCACCAAGCUGCGCUUCGACGACCAGUGGCGCGUCGCAAAGGACUGGGAGUGA